AUGCUGUGGUUCAUGCAACUCUUUCUGCUUCUGGUAACUGUCAGGUUGGUAAAUGGUGACAACUCUUGUUCUGGACGAGUGGAGGUUCUUUAUAAUGAAACGUGGGGAACAGUGUGUGAUGAUGGCUGGGAUCUAACAGACGCUGCAGUGGUGUGUAGAGAGAUGGGCUGUGGGAGUGCCAUAGGUGCAAGUCGUGCUUAUUUUGACCAAGUACCAGGACAAAUGUGGAUGAAUACUGUACAAUGUACUGGGAUAGAAUCUACUUUGAAGAGCUGCAGAUCAUAUGGAAUUGCCUCCUGUAGUAGUAAUAAAGCUGCUGGAGUCAUCUGUCAGCCUGCUGUCACAUUGGUCAAUGGCACUCAUUCAUGUUCUGGAAGAGUGGAGGUUCGCCACAAUGGAAUAUGGGGAACAGUGUGUGAUGAUGGCUGGGAUGCAUCAGAUGCUGCAGUGGUGUGUAGAGAGAUAGGAUGUGGGAAUGCGACAGAGGUAAAGAGUGCUGCUUAUUUUGGACAAGGAUCAGGACCAGUAUGGAUGAAUAAUGUGAGUUGUAAUGGAACAGAGUCUACACUGAAGAACUGUGUAUUAAGCGGAAGAGUUCGACAAAACUGCAGCCAUGAAAAAGAUGCUGGUGUUAUCUGUGGACCCAAACUUCGACUGCAGAAUGGUUCCAGCUCUUGCUCUGGAAGAGUGGAGGUUCUUCAUAAUGGAAUAUGGGGAACAGUGUGUGAUGAUGGCUGGGAUCUAACAGACGCUGCAGUGGUGUGUAGAGAGAUGGGAUGUGGGGAUGCUAUAGAGGCAAGAAAAGGUGCUUUUUUUGGGAAUGGCUCAGGACCAAUAUGGAUGAAUAAUGUAAAUUGUUAUGGGAAUGAGCAAACUCUAAAGAGAUGUAGAUCUCCUGGAUGGGACGUACAGAACUGCAAUCAUUAUAAAGAUGCUGGAGUCAUCUGCCAAUGUGAGUCAAAUACAUACAUAAAAAUGAGGCUGAUUACACUGCCAUCCAGAACAUUACUAGUCCUUGUUUAUACACUGGACUCGAAAUUUUGUUUAAUGUCUAUUUCAGACAGCUAUACUUAUAUCAAUGAUUCAAAAAGCUGGAUUGAUGCACUAGGAUACUGCAAAACUCACCACCAGACACUGGCGCACAUUUUAAAUGCCAUGGCACACGAGUACAUCACACAGAUGCUGCAGGAUAAAGCAAUCACUGAUGGAGUGUGGAUCGGGCUUGAACGGAGUAUGCUCUUCGCUUGUUCGCCCUGGCUGUGGACCAGUGGGCCGUAUGUGGGGUAUGCAUCAUGGCAUCAAAAGUUUCCAAAGCACCCAGUGAGCAUGUUUUGUGGAAAACUUCUUAAGGAAGAACAGGACCGGUUUGGAUGGAUGGAUGCUUGCUGCCAUGAGCGCCUGCCUUUCAUCUGUCAGGGAUGA